AAUUCCUAGACUUCGAUCGGAGCUCAACUACAAACUCGUGGCCCACCAAGGAAUGUACUAAAAAUGUACGUGGCUCAGAUCAGCUCGUUUGGAGGUCCAUCCUCAAUUGCCACCGUUCACUACGAAGUAAUGAUUAAGGCGGCCUUUCCUAGGACGACCAUUCACAAGCUGACAGGCAUCGUGGAAACGACACCGUUACUUUACCAAGCAAAAAAAGAAUCAAAUUACGGUACUGCCACGUAUUCAGGGUUACUACAUCUCCGAAGAAGUGAGGACACGUGGCGCUAUCUCGUUGGGUUUCGCAAAAUCGGCGGGUGUACGAAAACAAAGAUACCUUCCACUUUCCCUUUUUAAGAAAGAAAAGAAUGAAGAUGAGGCUCGUUACGCCAUUACAUCAAAGCAUUCAGUCCAAUCCCAUUUUCGUAAUUAGACUCCGUAAUUAAUACCCAAAACAUUCUCAGGACUCAUUAGAUUUCUUCCAAGCCCCUCUAGAUCCGUUGCUUCCCUCUGCUUUCACUCCCAACUACCAAAGUCUCCCAAUUUUUCCUCUUCCCAAACUACCCCCAAGCUUGUACGCACCAGAUGGCGUUAUCUGACGCGGUUGUGGGGAACUUGACGACGAUCUACGUGGCGGUGAUAGCGGGGAUCAAGGCCUACGGGUUGGUCUGUGGGCGGAGCUUCGGUGCUGGGUUUGUGCUGAUCGUGUCCACCGCCGUGGUGGGCCUCAUCUUGAUCGGGACACUGACGUGGGACGUGUCACGCAAGGCCUCGUACGCGGUCUCGCGCGAGCACGUCCACAGCCACGAGAUGUGCAAGGGCGGUAUUUGCUGGCACGGGGUGGCGGUGAAGUCCCCGGCGUCGCAGGUCCGGUUUAGGCUCCCACAGCAAACCCAAAAUGGCCCUUUGUAAAAUGAAUUGCAUAGAAGGGAAAAGGGAAUAAAAGUAAUGGUUUUGUACACUACGCCAAUGUUUUCAUGAAGGAUGAGUGAGCGCACACGACUUAUCUUCACUGUGUUCGAGGCCGAGAACAUGCAACAUAACGGGGAGCGGAAGUGGCAUGAAAAUGGCGCAGUCGUUGUGUCUUAAAUAAGAUUUUUGGGCGACGACCUCUUUCAAAACAGUCCUAUUGAUCUAUCCCUUUAUACUGGGUUCGAAUUGUAACAUCACAAUUGGGGCCACUGCCCAGGCCACCCAUCAGACUAUGAAAUGGUCGGGACAGCUCUCAAUUUGGGGAGGAAUUGGUUGUGAUUUCGGUAGGUAUCGUAUCGAUUGGCAGCAAGAUACAAAAUGGUUCCUGGGAAGAUUUGUUUGUUUUCCUUGUUUCUCUCUUCUCGCUAAUGCUAGUCUGAUCUGAAUAUCAACUACUAGAAGAAACUUGAUGUUUUUCUAUUAGAAGGUCACCUUAAGGGAUGUAAAUAAAGGCUCUAAUUAAGGGGACCCCUUA